ACCGGCUUCUCUUCCUCAGCAACUUCCUCUACCGGCUUCUCUCCCUCCGCAACUUCCUCGGCCGGCUUCUCUCCCUCUGCAACUUCCUCAGCCGGCUUCUCUCCCUCCGCAACUUCCUCUGCCGGCUUCUCUUCCUCAGCAACUUCCUCUACCGGCUUCUCUCCCUCCGCAACUACCUCAGCCGGCUUCUCUCCCUCUGUAACUUCCUCUGCCGGCUUCUCUUCCACAGCAACUUCCUUAGCCGGCUUCUCUCCCUCCGCAACUUCCUCUGCCGGCUUCUCUCCUUCUGUAACUUCCUCGGCCGGCUUCUCUUCCUCCGCAACUUCCUCUACCGGCUUCUCUCCUUCCGCAACUUCCUCUACCGGCUUCUCUCCCUCCGCAACUUCCUCUACCGGCUUCUCUCCCUCUGUAUCUUCCUCUGCCGGCUUCUCUUCCACAGCAACUUCCUUAGCCGGCUUCUCUCCCUCCGCAACUUCCUCUGCCGGCUUC